CCUCAAAGCGCUUCCUGAGUUCGGGGGUCGGCGGAAGAUGGCGGCCGCCGGAGGGGGCUGGUGUUUGUGCGAAUUGUUGAGGUUUUUUUAUUCCUUACUCUUCCCUGGGCUAAUUGUAUGUGCAACUUUAUGUGUGUGUUUGGUCAUUAUCCUUUGGAGAAUCAAACUACUGCUUCAGAGAAAGAAAAAAUCAGCAUCAGUUAGCAAAAAUGGUAAAGAGCAAAUGGUUAUUGCAUUUUUUCAUCCGUACUGCAAUGCUGGUGGAGGAGGAGAAAGAGUUUUAUGGUGUGCUUUAAGAGCCCUGCAGAAAAAGUAUCCUGAAGCACUUUAUGUUGUUUAUACUGGUGAUACUAAUGUCAGUGGCCCACAGAUACUGGAAGGUGCUUUCAGAAGAUUUAACAUCAGAUUGAUUCACCCAGUGAAGUUUGUUUUCUUAAGAAAACGCUACCUUGUAGAAGAUUCACUGUAUCCACACUUCACACUGCUGGGCCAAAGUCUGGGAUCUAUUUUUCUUGGCUGGGAAGCUCUGAUGCAGUGUGUUCCUGAUGUUUAUAUCGAUUCAAUGGGCUACGCUUUCACACUUCCUCUGUUUAAGUAUUUAGGGGGUUGUCGUGUGGGAAGCUAUGUUCAUUAUCCCACUAUCAGCACCGACAUGCUCUCUGUCGUGAAGAACCAAAAUGUUGGAUUUAAUAAUGCAGCCUUCAUUACUAAGAAUCCUAUUCUCAGCAAACUGAAGCUCAUCUAUUACCAUCUGUUUGCUUUUAUAUAUGGACUUGUUGGUUCUUGCAGUGAUGUAGUCAUGGUCAAUUCUUCUUGGACACUAAACCAUAUUCUUUCACUGUGGAAGGUUGGAAAUUGCACUAAUGUUGUUUAUCCACCCUGUGAUGUACAGACAUUUCUGGACAUUCCCUUACGUGAGAAAAAGAUGACCCCAGGACAUUUACUGGUUUCUGUUGGCCAAUUUAGGCCUGAGAAGAAUCAUCCUUUGCAGAUCAAAGCCUUUGCUAAAUUGCUGAAAAACCCAGUGGCUGAAUCAUUUCCUUCACUUAAACUUGUCCUCAUUGGAGGUUGUCGUAACCAAGAUGAUGAACUUAGGGUGAACCAACUUAGAAGGCUUUCUGAGGACCUAGGAGUUCAAGAAUAUGUGGAAUUUAAAGUAAACAUUCCAUUCGAUGAAUUAAAGAAUUACUUAUCUGAAGCGACAGUUGGCCUGCAUACUAUGUGGAAUGAGCAUUUUGGGAUUGGAGUUGUUGAAUGUAUGGCAGCUGGCACAGUUAUCCUUGCACACAAUUCAGGGGGCCCAAAGCUUGACAUUGUGGUACCUCACGAUGGAGAUGUAACUGGCUUUCUGGCUGAAAGUGAAGAAGGCUAUGCUGAGACGAUGGCUCAUAUUCUUUCCAUGUCUUCAGAAAAGAGACUCCAAAUCAGGAAUAACGCUCGUGCAUCUGUGAGCAGGUUCUCUGACCAGGAGUUUGAAGUAGCAUUCUUGGCAUCAGUGGAGAAGUUAUUUAAAUAAUGCCAUAUGUGUAUAAAUUAAAGAUAUUUUAUAUAAAAUGGUUAAACACCUUCAUAUGUUAAUAUUUUUUCUAAACUCAUUCCCUGUUGUAAUAAAAUCAGCCUAAUCAAUGUUCUCAACUGUAUGUGUUAUAGGCAAGGUAUUAAUUACAAUGAGAAUGGCAGAAUUACCUAGAUGGACAAGGUAAUUAAUCAUAUACUAUAAAUGUAAAAAUUUUAGGUUAGUAUUUUAGGCUUUAAAUUUGGAAAAUGAGCUAAAAAAAAUUCGCAAUCUUAAUUUUGGUAUGAUACAUUUUCCUCAAAUCCUAUUUGUCAAAUUAUCUCACUUUAGAAACCAGGAGAUGGAAAGAAAAUGUAUAACUGAUUAGUACCUCAGAAUUGUUACAUUUUUAUUACAAAAUUUUGAGUAUAUUUAAGUUCAAAACAAUACUGUAGGUGACCUUUUGGAAUAUACCCAAUGAUUUUCUUAAAAGGAAAUUGAAAACAGGCUUAAUCAUGUUCUCAAAUCACACAAUUAAAAGGCAGACAGACUGUGAUUGCUUACAGGUAUGUGUAGGUGUGUAGCGGCCAAGGUACUGCCAGUAACCCUUCCCGUAACUAGGUAUUUGUAAAAAUAAGUUUCUGUGUAGGCUGUAUGUACAUUUGCAUACACCUCAAAUUAGCCCUUGCCAUAUCAUUGUGGAGGAUGGAAUUCAGCUUUAAGUCAUUCAGCAAGUGAGAAUAUCGCAAUAAAUUGUUUUUCUGAUAGUGAUAUGUAAUUAUACAGAUCCAUCAGUGUGGUCUGUGUUAACAGCAUCAUGCGUUAUAAGAUGGUAAAGUGGUAUUUUGAAAAGAGCACGGGAUUAACAAUCAGAAUACAUGGGCCUGACCUCGGCUUUAUUAUUUACGAACUGACCUUUUGACAUACUGUUUCUUAAUCUCUCCAAGUAUCAGAUUGUUCAUCUAUAAUCUGAAUGAGGUAAUACCUGUCCUCACCACCUUUCAGAGCUGUGUUACUUAGUAUGUGAAAGAACCUUGGAAAUUCUAAAGCUAACGGUAAUGUCGUGUAUUCUUCAAUCCUAUUUUUAUCAAUGCGGUUCUUUAUGUAGCUCUUGGUACUAUGCCAAUAGCUAGGAAUCAAUGUGAAUUUAACAGGACUUAUAUCCUGAGUAACUAGUAAUCAUUGGAAAAAUGAAUACCUCCAUGUGUAAAUAUGGCUGUAGAGACUUAGAAUUUUUGGCGUUUUCUGCAUACCUAAUCAGGUCCUUCUCUUCAGUGAACUGACCUCCCUGACAGUCUGAUACAUCUUCAUAUUAGGGACAUGUGAAAGAGGUAUGUUUUUCCUUUUUCAAUCUUUUCUCACCCAUUCAUCAACUCAGCCAGCUUCAUUAUCUACUCCCAGUUACACUGUUGACUCUUCUGCAGGCCAGCUUCUGUGGUCUGAUCAAAACGCAGCAAGACAGUGCCAGGAUGUUGUGACACACCAAGAUAGCUUUAAGAUUAUUAGAAAAGAAAGACUGGUGGAGGGUCUCCCCUGGUGGCGCAGCGGUCAAGUGCUGGGCUGCGAGGCUGCCCACAGCCUUUGCAGCGCCGGUUCGGUUCCUUCCCGGGCGCCAGCAAGGGUCCCACAAAAAAAAAAAAAAAGAAAGAAAAAAAGAAAGACUGGUGGAAAUGAGCUGGAAGGGACCCUAACAAUUCUUUUGUCUGGUUUUCCCUCAGUUUCAACUUUACAGAGAAGCUGUAUAAUGAUAAAACCAGGAAUAUAAUCUGGGUAUUCUGACUCCCAGCUGAGUGCUUUCACUGGUUUUUGAGGUAAGAUUAUACCUUUGCCCACUCAGCCUACCCAUCUACCUUAGAAAAUCAUGGGACUCAAGAUAAGUUGAAAUGGACAUAGCAAAAGUGAAGAAUGUGUAAAGGAAGAAAAGAUUCUGGAAUUCCAUACAUUUUUCAUGCUUGUUCCUUUGAAAAUGAUUUUUAUUUAUCAUAAACAUGAGAAAAUAUAAUUUAUAUAUAUAUGUAAGUUUCCACUGUUCCCACUGUAGCAUUACAUGUUUGUUUCUGGAUGGCUGAUACCAUGAAAAGUGUCAAAACAGUAUGUCAGCUACUGUCUGGAGAAGUGGGUGACCAUUCCUACAAAAUAAUGCCUUUUGUGGUCCAAGCAUUCUGUGCUGUGAACCCACAACAGUGGCAAUCCACAUUCUUAUUUCUGGUUGUGAGUAAUAAAGUACACGUUAAAAUAUUCUUUGUAUAGUAAUAUAUCCGUAUCUGAGUAUGUUAGAUUUAAUAGAUGUAAAAGCUAUUUGUAUCCAAAUGUGAUUUAAAGAUUAAAGAAGUUAUUUUCAUUAUCUUGGAUACUUUUUCUAAUAUGGUGCCUUUGAUAUCCCUUCUCUCCCAAUUUUGAAUUAGUUAUUAUCUUUACUAAUACGUCCAAGCUCUAAAUGCCAGGAAUUUUUUUUUAAUGAAAGAAGAAAGUUUUAAAGCAAAAUAAAACUCUCAUGCCUCUAGUACCCGACAAUAUAGGUUGUCAGCUUUAAUACUUUUUUAAUUAGUUCAGAACGAACACUGCAGAGCU